CUGGGCUGCAUCUUCAGAAGACGCAUUAUUUUUGUUACUCCACUAACCUUAAGGGGGCUUUUUAGCUUUUGCUUAGCUAUCCGUUUCUGGAAAACAUCUGAAUCAUUUUAUAACCAAACCCAGCUGCCGCUCAAGUCUAUGUGUGCGUGUGUGAGCGUGUAUGUGUGUGUGUGUGUGUGUUCGUUUGUAUGAGGAAGAGGGAGAGAGUGUGAGAGUAUCUGUUCGCAUUGCUCUCCAGAGAAAAAAGCCUGGACGUCUGUUUCUUUCCCCAAACUUUUUUUUUUUUUUUUUUUUUUUUUUUCCUUAGGAAUGAACGCCGAGACGUGCGUUUCAUACUGCGACAUGACAUCCAUGGAUUCAUAUUAUAGUCCAUCUGCACCGCAAGGUAGGGAUCACCAAGCGAACCCGUCCAGGACAUUCCAGGCGAGUGACACCAAAUACAUCCCUGCUUUCCUGACCAACAAAGGUCAGACGUACGGGGAAACAUCUCGGAGCCCGUUCCAGCAACAAUGCCAGUCACUGGAUGCAACUGCUGAGGAAGGCACCUUUAACAAAUACCACCUCUUCAUGCAGAGGUCCUCCUGCAAAACUCCCCCAGACAGCAGCAAACUCCAGGAGGAAAGCGGACACAACGGAGGGCUCAUCGCUUGUUAUGGUAAAGACAACACAGGGCUGACAGAUUCAGAAUUGACCCCAAAAAGUGAUCCCACAGGGAUGGAUGGCAGCUACCUCAGUGCAAAGGAGUCAGGAGUGAAGAGCCCCCAGGAGCAGCCAAAUUCUGAAUUGGCCUCUCCACUAGACAAGGGUGAAGGAGAGAGCAACAAGGGCAAGAAAAGGCGCAACCGCACCACCUUCACAAGCUAUCAGCUAGAGGAGCUGGAGAAAGUUUUCCAGAAAACACACUACCCUGAUGUUUACGCCCGAGAACAACUCGCACUGAGGACUGACCUGACUGAAGCUCGAGUACAGGUGUGGUUCCAAAAUCGUAGAGCCAAGUGGCGGAAGAGAGAGCGCUUUGGACAGAUGCAGCAGGUCCGAACACAUUUUUCCACUGCCUAUGAACUGCCCCUUCUCACUCGGCCUGAGAACUACGCUCAGAUUCAGAACCCUUCCUGGAUAGGAAGCAGCAGUGCAGCGUCCCCCGUGCCGGGCUGUGUCGUACCAUGUGACUCGGUCACUUCCUGCAUGCCUCCUCAUCCACAUACUGCUAGCGGAGUGUCUGACUUCUUGGGAGUGCCCAGUCCUGGAGGUCACAUGGGACAGACACACAUGGGCAGCUUGUUUGGGAGUCCAGGCAUAAGCACUGGUAUUAACGGGUACGAUCUAAACAUGGACCCCGACCGAAAAUCCUCCAGCAUUGCAACGCUGCGAAUGAAAGCUAAGGAACACAGUGCAGCCAUCUCUUGGGCUACAUGACUCCCCUCAACAUCAGGACAUUAUCUCUGAAGUCCCUCGACAAAUAAAUAGAAAAGAAAACAAGAGCAAAUGUGAACAUCAGUUAGCCAUCAAGACAUGAUACAAAGUAUGACCUGGGGACAAAUAGUGUGUGGAUUGAUGAAGAUAAGCGAAAUAAUAGAGAAACCAUGUGAAAUUAAAUUUAGAGUCCAGAGAGACAAUCAAAAAUGGGGAAAAUCAGAGAUGUUCAUAAAACUGAGAACAAUCUGGCUUUAAGACAAGAAAACAGAAACUUGACAUUGGAAUGCAUACAAAAUUAUUUAAAAAAUAAAUGAAGUAACAAAUAAAAACACACAAAAAUAAACCCUGCACUUAUUCGCUGAACACUAGAGUCCAGUUUGUAAAAUCUAUCUAAACUCAUCUGGCUUUAUUUUCAUUGUCAGUAUAAUCAAAACUUGUUGAAUUCUAGUUCUGUCACAGAAUCAUCUUCCAAAUAUGCCAAUAUCUUUGCCUAGACAGUUUCAAGGGACUCGAAACAACAUGCAGUUUUUCACAGUGAAGUAUUUGCCAUAAUGGCAAAUUCUUCACUGUGAGAAACUGCAUGUUGUUUUACCUAAACAAUAAUCAGGGUAAACUUGACAUGCACAUGCUUUUGUUUUUACAAAUUUCCCAUUUAAAAGCUGACUAAAUUCUUAUGGAAGGAUCAAUAUUCCUGCAUCAAAGUUGAUCAGUUACCUGAAAUACAGACUGCACUUGUGUGUGAAAGGCCACAGUGUGAAGAGGCAGAACAGUUGAGCAUGAUUUUGCAGCAGACACAAGGGUGUGAGGCAGCAGCGAGCAUGAGGCAGGACAAGAAAGAGAGUGAUUUAAAGUAGUCAUGUUUUCACAGCAGGGCUCUACUUGCCUUGAGGAAUCAUGUGACUCCAGUACCUGUAGUGCCAGGAAAAGAUAAGUGCCAUAUAGGAGUGCAAAGAUGCUCAAAGGAAUGUAGAAGUAUAAAACUCAAUGAUGUUCAGAGCCACCCUACUAAACAUGGUCCAUAGUGUCUUUCUCAGACACUAUGAAAAAAAUCUCUUGACUUGUUUCAUUGGUUAUAAUAUUUAUGUCCCAUCUGAUUUUUUUUUUUUUUUUUUCAUGUCAUGAAGCAACAUAACAAAGAAUACUGCUGGCUUAACUACUUUGCCCUCAUACUUCAUGGCUCCUGGCUAUAGCUGUACUGAUUUAGGGCUGUCAGAGGUUUAAGCCAUACUUAAUUUUUUUGUGGCACAAGUUCUCGUCUCAAAUGAAAUUAUCAGCUUGCCAGUCUGGGCAUCAACCACCCUGACUCUCAUUGGGUGAAAGCAAUGCAGGGUUUUGUAAUAUAAUCACCCUCACUGCCAUGCUCUGAGGUGACAGAAAUAUAAAGCAAGCACCAUUGCAAUGUACUUUAUGGGCGUUCUGCUUUUCCGGUGUCAGAUUUAGAUCAGGUAAAAACAAAUAUGUUUGAAAUCUUCAACUGAAUCUGAUAUGCUUGGUCCCUCUAAUUUCUAAAUGAGAACCACAUUUCCUUCAUUCUGGUGGGAAGCUUAUCCGGAUCUAUGUGUAUAUGAAUAUGUACACACAUACAGAACUUUUUAUGAUAAUACCAGAGCAGUGACUUACCUGAUUUGAGGGUUGAAACAUGGAAUACAAACUCACAUACUUGACUCUGUCUUGAAAUCCCGUUGAAAACGACAGAAAGCGAAGCUUCCAAUACUCUUUAAAUAAAAAUAAAAAAAUAAAAAAAAACAAGAUCUCUUUGUAAACAUAAUGGACAAGAAUAUCAUUACAGAACACAGUGACUCUUUAAAAUGAUGAUUACUGCUGCUCAUACUCAUACUCCAAGGUGUGGCUAUAUCAUAUGUAUGGUGUUGGGGCUUCCUGAAGUCCAUGCUUCAUUAUUUAUUUAUUUUUGGCAGAAGUCUUUAUUGCAUAUCAAGACUGAGUGUCACAUCACCCACUCCACCAAGGGACAUACUGAAAAAGGCAAUGAUAACAUGUUAAUGUUUUUUGAUUACAUGUUUUUCACCAGGAGAAGAUUCUUGCUAGUAAAGUAGGGCAGAUCUACAUUUGGUCUUAUUGACAAGAGCAACAGACUAACCUGAAGAGCCUAGAGGAGCUCUCCAAGUGCAGAAUCGUGAGUCUUCGUGUUCUCCCUUUGGCCUUUAAGAGGUUACUGAGAGGGUGAAGUGACUCUAGUGUUCCGGUGUUCUGGGAAAGGACAAUCCACACAGCUGUGCACAGGGUAAAUGCAAAACAAACAUGCCUUGCACAUGCUUCCCUUCAGCUGUCAUGGCUCCUCUUUCAAAGCCCCAUGCUGAACAGGGCCUGGCCCGCUACCACGACCAAACCAUUGGCCCCUCAGCGACUCAGAGUCCACGCACACCCGUGCUCUCGGGCAGUCUUUUUAAUUAACACCGAGACAUCUGUGAAGAGGGAUUCUGUGACACAACGGAUCAGCCUGAGCUUCGUGUUAGCCUAUCUUUAACUAAAAUGGAGCCAGGAGGGGGGUUGAUGAAAUCCAGGCCAACACUACCAUUUGUUUGAGUUGCAUCGGUACACUCAUGCGCCAUUAUAUGAGCUACUCUGCACAUAGCUUACAGAUCACAAAAGUCAUCACAUUUGCGUUUAGCACCCUUGUACUUCAUUUGAAGGUAAAUCAAAAAUAUUAACUAAACAUUUAAAAGGGCAACAUGUGGACACUAUGGAGAUUGUGUGAGAAUAGAUUAGGAGGAAAUGUUAAUUGUCAGAUAGUAACUUGCGGUUGCCUCUGAGUUACAGAGAUGCUUAAGUCAUUCUAUGUCCCAUCUCUCAAAACGUAUACUACUGAAGUAGGCAUAUCCAAGUACUAGAAUAAUGUAAUGCUUUGUUUUGUGUGGUCGCAUGUACAGUGUACUUUAAGCUUAAUUUGGAUUCCUUUCUUGCUAAAAAAAAAAAAAAAAAAAACAACAA